CAGGAAGCAGCCCAGAGUCCAGGCUGCUGUCAGCUGCUAUGAGCCGGGUCCUGUGACUGCGCUCGUUAUAGACUGGAACGGGUGCAAGCAGGACCACCACUCUAUUUACUGCUAUGGGACUGUCGGAAAUAGCCGAGCCAGCAGCGUGUGGAGGGUGGCCGUUCGCGCACACCUGCUCUUCCUUCACUUCGGGGGCCCAUUCUGGACAUCUAGGAGAUCCCAGAGUUAAACCCUGAAGUCAUCAAUGGCAUCUGAGAGUCAAGAUGUGGGCGACAAGGGCGAGUGUGGCAGCCCCAAACUGCAGUUCGUCCCUUUCGCCAGUGCGCUAGAUGCAGGAUUUUGGCAUCAGCUCACUCAAAAGAAACUGAAUGAGUACCGGCUUGACGAAUCGGCCAAAGCGAUCAAGGGUUAUUAUUAUAAUGGUGAUCCUGCUGGGCUUCCAACUCGGCUCACUCUGGAAUUCAGUGCCUUUGACAUGAAUGUUCCCACCCCAGCACGCUCUUGUCCGUCUCUUGGCUCUUUAUACAACACAAACACUUUAGAUUCCUUCAAGAAAUGUGACAAGAAAGCCUUGCUGGAUCAAGCAGCUAAUGAGAUAUGGGAAGCAAUCAAAUCUGGUGAAGCUGUCAAGAACCCAAUUCUCCUGAAUAAAUUCCUUCUGCUGACAUUUGCAGAUUUGAAGAAGUAUCAUUUCUAUUAUUGGUUUUGUUUUCCUGCAUUGUGCCUUUCGGAUGGCGUAGAAGUGAUUAAGCCUCCAGUGUCUAUUGGUGAAAAGUUUUCUGAAGCUCAGGUAAUCGCAUUUCAGAAAGCCUAUGAUGAUUUCUGUCAAGCAGAAGGAGGCGUUCCACAACCUUACUUCUUAAUCCGUUACACGGGGGAUACUUUCUCAAUGUCUCCUUUGCUGAAAUUCCAGGAAUUCUAUACGGAUGAGGACAAGGUAACGCUUGGAGUAUAUGACCCAUGCACUUUGGCCCAGUACCCUGGAUGGCCUCUGAGGAAUGUCUUGGUGCUGGCAGCUUCACACUGGGGCAGCCGGGUACAGUCCAUUGAAGUCAUUUGCCUCAGAGACCGAACUCUACAGGGGGAAAGGGACAUAAAGCACAGCAUCAGCUUUGAAAUUAAGUUGCCGCCAGUGGCACAGAGCCAAGUUUGCCCAAAAGCUGUUGGAUGGGAAAAAAACCAAAAAGGUGGGAUGGGUCCCCGAAUGGUGAACCUGAGUGAAUGUAUGGACCCCAAGAGGUUAGCAGAAUCGUCAGUGGAUCUUAACCUAAAGUUGAUGCGCUGGAGACUAGUGCCCACUCUGGAUUUGGAGAAAGUGAUCUCCACUAAGUGCUUGUUACUGGGAGCGGGAACACUCGGGUGCAACGUUGCCAGGACAUUAAUGGGAUGGGGAGUAAGACAUGUUACCUUUGUGGACAAUGCCAAAAUCUCCUACUCUAACCCUGUUCGGCAGCCUCUCUACGAGUUUGAAGACUGCCUUGGAGGCGGAAAAUCAAAGGCUUUGGCAGCGGCAGAGAAACUUCAAAGGAUCUUCCCUGGCAUGAUUACUAAAGGAUUUAACAUGAGUAUUCCAAUGCCGGGUCAUCCUGUGAACUUCUCUGAGGAGUCUACGAAUGAGGCAGCUAAAGAGGUGGAGAAGCUGGAGGCUCUCAUUGCUGAGCACGACGUUGUCUUCCUACUAAUGGACACACGGGAAAGUCGAUGGCUUCCCACUGUCAUUGCUGCAAGCCAGAAGAAGUUAGUCAUCAACGCUGCUCUGGGGUUUGACACCUUUGUGGUGAUGAGACAUGGGCUGAAGAAAGGGAAGCAGGAGGAGGCCAAUGAUUCACACUCCAGUAUUCUUGGCUCAUCCGAUCUCCUGGGCUCUUCUCUGUUCUCCAACAUCCCCGGCUACAAACUCGGCUGCUAUUUCUGUAAUGAUGUGGUGGCCCCAGGGGAUUCCACUAGAGACCGCACUCUGGAUCAGCAGUGUACUGUGAGCCGGCCCGGUCUUUCCAUGAUAGCUGGUGCAUUGGCAGUGGAACUUAUGGUGUCCGUUUUACAGCAUCCUGAAGGAGGUUAUGCUGUGGCAAAUAGCAGUGACGAUCGGAUGAAUGAGCCCCCAACUUCCUUGGGUCUUGUUCCACAUCAGAUCCGAGGAUUUUUGUCAAGAUUUGACAAUGUUUUGCCUGUAAGCCUUGCGUUUGACAAGUGUACAGCCUGUUCUCUAAAGGUGAUUGAUCAGUAUGAGAAAGAUGGCUUCCAGUUCUUGGCCGAAGUUUUCAACUCUUCGCAUUCCUUCCUGGAAGAUUUAACCGGCCUUACGUUAUUGCAUCAGGAGACGCAGGCAGCGGAGAUCUGGGACAUGAGUGAUGAUGAAGUGAUCUAGUGGAAAAGAUUCCCCAUGGUUGUUGUGUGCAAUAAAUAUCAUCAACAUCCAGCUUUUCGCUUCCUGGCUGCUAAUAAGUGGAACUAUUUCAUUUUGUCUUUCUAUUAAAGAGGCUUUGUGUUAA